AUGUGCCACAGACGCGUGCUGCUAGAGCACCCGUGCGGCGUAGGCGAGUCGGUGACGGUGAUCCUGCAGGAUGUCAGUCACGAGGACAUGCGCCGCUUGCUGGACCUCAUGUACACCGGAAGCACCGAAGUGCCUGGCUAUGACCUACCACGCUUCCUGUGCGUCGCUCAGGCACUCGACGUCACCCUACUGCAGUCGGGUGCAAUACGGAUUUGUGAAGUCACUACCUCGCCCAGUGCAGAACUCGCCACAGAACCCAUCCAGAUCACCACCCCUGCCGUCCCCGUAUCGCCGCCAAAAACUGUGACAGACCCUACAGGGCCGCCUCCAAAUGAGCCUUCCCCGUCACACUGCCACUCGCUGCUGCUGGCCUCACAACUUCGUGACACCGACGUUGGACAGCAGACGCCAUCUAAAGGUACGCCUAUGCCGUCGCGGCCGUGUCGGAUCGCUAUGCCGCUAUCAACCCCGCCGCCAACAACAGCCCACAGCCCAAACAAAGGUGCUGAACAGCCUAUGAUUCAGGCGCAGAGCUUGCAGGUUCCCCACUGCUGUUCCUCAGAAACCGGGUCGUCGCUGCCCACUUUUACCUUCGUGAACAUGUCGCCUUCGGCUGUGGGCAAACAGCGACGCAUCCAACCCUGGAUACCACAAGAUUGUUGCACAGAACAGCAGCAUGGUGAAGGCUCCGAGAGACCGACAGUGCGCGAGAGCGAGCAGGACCGCACCAGCUUUCUCGUCAAGAGGCUGAUGUACAUAGGAUCUCCAGACGGGACGGUAUGCCCAGAAACCAACAACAAAAGCAACAGCAGCAAUACAAACGACAUCGGCCAGCCCUGUAAGUCGAAGGCCGCAACGUCAGCACAACAGUUGCAGCAGCACCAGUGGAUUCCCACUGUUCAACACCAGCCACCUCCCCCACCACCAGCUCCACCUCAACCAUCUCUCAGUGAUCUCCAACAGCAGGUCCACUGUGCCACUCCUGUGACGCCGCCUCUCCUGCCAUCCCCCCAACUACUCACAGCAACAGUGCCACCAUACCCAGUACCAACAUCAAAGCUCCCAGCCCCCUUUCAGGAACUCCAGCAGCCCCAGCCACCGUUGUUGCAGCUUCCAAGCCCUCGCCUACAGCAGGCUCCAGACGAGCCAGAAUCAUCACGGAAACCUGAAGAACUGCCAGAAACUCCAGUAUUAGCCUCUGAUGAAGCAAUAGAUCGGCGUACAAAACACAAGUGUGAAGAUUGCGGCAAGUUCUUCAGCACCAAGUCGUCUCUCAAGGUGUGCAGACUUAUUUGCUAA